CAGCCUGGUAGGGAUCAUGGGAGGGAAUUGGGAAGUGCAGCACACAGGGCUUUGCUUGACCAUUUCGCCAGCAAACUGCUUCUCUUAUUGAAGGGGCCUUGAGCGAAGGGGAGGACGUUACUAAAGACUGGUGUCCUGUGUGAGGGUCUUUCUCACCCACAGAUCCAGCCCUCAUUCAUUCCUCCUCCCCGCCAUCUCCCCUCCCCUGUGUUCUCUUCCUCCCCCUCCUCGGCCACCUUCUGGGCUCGCACUGCCUGCGCCUCUCUUCCCGGGAGCUGGGAACAUUCACGACUGAGGGGAGACAGGAGGAAGGGAGCACUUACCGGGGGGACACGUGGAGCCGACCAGGUGUCUGCGAUCGGACUUUAUACCCUGGAACUGAACUGGGAUCCGAAAAAAACACACGGGAGGGGGAUCUGAGUGCAGCAAUCGUGCCUGAAAGGGGAUCGGAGUGUGCGGAAAGGAGAUCUAAGAGAAAUCGGACAGAGAAAGCAGCAGAGGAGGAAGAAAGGGACAUAAGCUCUCGGCUGUGUAGCGUCCGCUGGGGGCACCUGAGCCACUGGGAGAAGGGAACUGAUUCAACUGAAGGACGGGGGGACCUUGGGGGAAAACUUUUGGGCUGUAUGUGCAGGAGGUCCGUGUGUCUGCUACAGCCGGAGACCCCUCUUAUACCCGGCGGCUGAUGGGGCCACAGUAGAGGCAGUAGUGGGGCAUCUGCCACCUGUUGGACUUGCUGCCCGGUUCAACCCUGUGUGACAUUUCCCUGUGUUCCUUUGGAUCUUUCUGAAGAGGACGAGGCGUGAGGAUUUCCCCUGCAGCUGGAUUUGGUGACUGACCAAACUCUUGACACUCUUGAGCUGUAAGCGAGGAAUGUACGCGGGGAUUUGCUCCGGGUCCCAUGGGCAGAGAGUGGCCGUAUCACAGGGAAUAGACACAUACACAGUGGUCACUAAUCAUGAUUGCUGAAACCCAACAAGAUUCCAGUGUUGUCUGACUUCAUCAGGGAUAUUUGGAAAAGUUUAUCAACUGCGUGCUAUUCCCCUGGAUACAAAGGUGCCAUACUGGUCUAACCAGAGCUAUGCAUUCUGACCCAGGGCCCUGGCAUCCACUGCUUUGCUUCUUGGUGUUGGCUCUUUCCACAUCUGCUAAUUCAGGUACAUCGCCAUAUGUGACUCCUCGCUUUACAUCUAAGCCGCUCUCUACUGUCCAGAAACCAGGAGGCCCUGUUACACUUCUAUGUUCUGCAGAGCCACCCUGGGCUCAUAUAUCAUGGCUCUUCAAUGGUGAACAGUUUGAAAGAAUUUCAUCCCAAGGUGUUGAUAUUCAGUCAGGGCACCUAGUCAUCCCAUCCCUGGGCCCUGCCCACGUUGGACAAUAUCAGUGUAUUGCCAGCACCUCUGUGGGAGCUAUUCUCAGCAAGUCUGUAUCAGUAUCUGUGGCAUAUCUAAAUGACUUUGAAACUACAACUGGGCACAGCGUGACAGCAGAAGAAGGAAGCAGUGCAUUUAUUGGGUGUAAAAUACCAGAGAGUAACCCUAAAGCUCAUGUUCGGUACAAAGUGAGAGGAAAGUGGCUGAAAGAAUCUUCAGUAGACAAGUACUUGAUUCUUCCUUCGGGCAACUUGCAUAUUCUCAAUGUGUCAGUGGAGGAUCGAGGGACCUAUAGAUGUGCUGCCUACAACCCAGUUACUCAUGACCUCAAACUCAGUACCAGCACGCUCAAACUCUCUGUUAACCGUUCGCCUCGAGUUGACUCUCGCAUUCUACACCCUGUUACUUCACAGGCUGUUUUGGUACAGAUUCAUGACCCUUUAACUCUUGAAUGUGUGGUUGGAGGAGGGCCAAGCCAUCCACCUGUCUAUUGGUACAAAGGUGGGCAAGAGGCUGCGGCUUAUGGAAGAAGAAAACUGUUACAUACUCACCUAGUAAUAGAGCAGGUUCAACGAUCAGAUGCUGGCAACUAUUCCUGUGUUUUAGGCAAUGGAUCUGGAAUAUCCCAACGUGUUUAUUACACAGUCAUUGUUUUGGAGCCACCUUCAGUUUCCCAAAAAACUGAGGAUCAGUCAUUAACAGCAGGCAGCAAUGUGAGAUUUAGCUGUGAAUCACGAGGUAACCCUACUCCAAAUAUAACUUGGUUUCACAACGCUGUUCAAAUUCAUGCAUCAACACGUCACCAAAUAUCGGGAAACAAAAUACGCAUCACCAGUCUUUUUGCUCAGGAUUCUGGGAUUUAUCAGUGUUUUGUAAACAAUGAAGCGGGCUCAGCACAAGUCUCACAAAGGCUAACUGUAACAUCUGAAAUUUGGUCCAAACCAGUAAUCGUGUCACCACCCACUAGCAUCAGAGUGGCAAAUGGCGACUUAGUUACACUGACUUGCAAUGCCACUGGGAUUCCUACACCAACCAUCCGCUGGUAUGACAGCCAUGGACCUAUCAGCAGUCACCCUUCCCAGGUCCUGCGCUCCAAAUCCCGGAAAGCAUUAUUGUCAAAGAUUGGAACCCCGGGUCAGGAUCCUGUACAUUAUACCAUGUCCCAAGCUGGUUCCAGCUCUUUGUACAUCAGAGCCAUUACUGUGCAGCAUGCUGGGACAUAUAAAUGUGAAGCAACAAAUGAAUUUGGCUCAGCACAUGCCGAUGCUUACCUGACAGUUGUUCCUUAUGAAAUGAGCACCAAACCUGAAGACAUCACUCCACUAGACCUGACUCAGAGUGAUGAGGGAGACUAUGACUCGGAAACCAGGGUGCCGGAUCAUUCCCAGAUAAAUGAGCAUAAACCGGAACCUCGAGUUACAGAAAAGCCUUAUAGUGGGGCCUCAUUGCCUGAAGCCCCCAUCAUUCUCAGCCCACCACAGACCACUAAACCAGACAUGUAUAACUUGAUGUGGAGAUCCGGAAAGGAUGGUGGGCUUCCCAUCAAUGCAUAUUUUGUGCGUUAUCGCAAGUUGGAUGACGAUGGCAACAUGGUUGGCAACUGGAACUCUAUCCGAGUGCCGGCAAGUGAAAAUGAAUUCCCACUCACUGAACUGGAGCCAUCUAGCCUCUAUGAAGUUCUCAUGGUGGCAAGAAAUGCAGCUGGGGAAGGCCAGCCAGCCAUGCUUACCUUCAGAACUAGCAAAGAGAGAACUUCAUCUUCGAAAAACACACAAGCUCCAUUCCCUCCUAUUGGGGUCCCCAAACAAACAAUUAUUCAUGGAGUCUCCAACACCAAUAAUGGCUUAGUACCAGUGGAUCCAUCUCGACAUAGUGGAGUUCCUGAAGCUCCUGACCGCCCUACUAUUUCCACUGCUUCUGAGACAUCAGUGUAUGUCACCUGGAUCCCAAGGGCCAAUGGAGGAUCACCUAUUACCUCUUUUAAAGUAGAGUACAAGCGUACAGGAGGACAUUGGAAUGCUGCAGCUGAAAAUAUACCCCCCUCUAAGCUUUCUGUGGAAGUUUCCAACCUAGAGCCAGGUGGAUUGUACAAAUUUCGAGUCAUCGCAAUAAACAAUUAUGGAGAGAGCCGCCGUAGCACAGUAUCCCGGCCGUAUCAAGUGGCUGGUUAUAGCAUCCGUCUACCAAAUCCCUUGAUUGUCGGUCCUCGUAUUGACCAGACUGAGGCCGUGACGGACACACAGAUUCUGUUAAAGUGGACAUACAUCCCUGAAAACAACAACAAUACGCCUAUCCAGGGAUUUUACAUCUACUACCGACCCACAGACAGUGACAAUGAUAGUGAUUAUAAGAGGGACAUGGUUGAAGGAACAAAGCUUCGCCAUUUAAUCAGUCAUCUGCAGCCUGAAACAUCUUAUGACAUCAAAAUGCAGUGCUUCAAUGAACGCGGGGCCAGUGAUUACAGCAAUGUUAUGAUGUGUGAGACUAAAGCAAGGAGAAGCCCAGGGGCCUCGGAGUAUCCUGUGCUGGAUCUUAGCACUCCAUCUGUCCCUGAUCGCAGCUCAAGUCCGUCACAUUCCCCAACUAGAAAUGGAGACUUUUUGUAUGUCAUAGUUGGUUGUGUGCUUGGGGGAAUGGUACUCAUUCUUCUGGCAUUCAUUGCUAUGUGUCUCUUGAAGAAUCGCCAGCAGACUCUAAUGCAGAAGUUUGAACCUCCUGGUUACCUCUACCAGGGAGCAGACCUAAAUGGACAAAUUAUUGAAUAUACCACAUUACCAGGAACAAGCCGUAUCAAUGGCAGUGUCCAUACAGGUUUCAUGGGGAACGGAAAUAUUAAUAAUGGUUGCCCUCACCUUCACCAUAAAGUUCAUAACAGAGCCAGUGAAGUAGGGAAUGGAGAACUGUAUCCCGGAUGUAAUAGCUCUUUGAAGGAAACAUAUGUUGACUAUGAUCGUCUUCCACACCAUCUUUCAAAUGGCAGAGUUAUGUACACAGCAUUGCCACAAGCUGAUCCUACUGAGUGCAUCAACUGCAGGAACUGCUGCAACAAUAACAGGUGUUUUACCAAACCCAAUGGAUCUUAUUGUGGUAAUGGUGUGGCUGUGAUGCCAGUGGGAUUUUCCCCUCAGCAGGAGGAAGGAGAAACAAAACCACUAAACCAUGUAAUGGUUCCUAUGUGUUUAACAUCUCCUGAUCAGAACUGUAGUGAAGAAAUUGAGGAAGACCAAAAUGAAAAAGAGACACAACUUUCAGCAAAUUCUGUAUGCCCAGAGGAAGCCACACAGACUGGCACAGAGCAACAUGAAGGGGAAGACUGCGCCAAAACCGAGGACGAUAGCUCCAUUCUUACAUGGACCCCACUUAUACUACCUGCCAUCUCAAAGGAUUGUGAUGAAAAACAUGUUUGGACUUCUACAGACAUUACAUUAGACAAAUCUAAUGUUGACCACCCCCAGCUUCAAACACAAGAGGCAUAGAGAAAGACUGGACUUGGGACAAUGGAGUUCAAGAUGUUGGAUUUUUUCCAGCCUUGUUUCCAUGAUCUUUCACAGAACCAGAGCCCUUCUCUGUUUUCUUCAUUUGCCACAAGUUGUGUGGCUAAUACAUGUAUUGCUCUGCAGAAAAGUCCCUUAAACUACUGAAGGGUUUCUAACUUGGAGUCUAUACAAUGUAUUGAAGAACUUCAUAGAAUGGAUUGUACAGCACUAUUCAUCAUGGGCUUUGUUAUUAGAUAACACUGCCGCCCUGUAAGGGUGUGUUACUUGUUAGCAGACAAUUCAAAUAGGUAAUAUAAGCAAAAAUAGAGUAGGAAGCAGUGGACUGAAGCCAUUAUUUAUUUUUUAAAUAGCUUAAAAUUAUAGGAAGCUGUUCCACUAAAAUUCAGACGUGUUUUCGUUUUAUAUUAUUUAUACUUUUUUCUCUGUUUUCAUGGAUGGGAUCGUGCAGGAAUAUAUUUUCAGAAAGAUGUAUAAUUUCUUUUAUUAAAAGGGGAUUUUUUAUUUUCUCUCUA